AUGCCCCUGCUGCCCAGCACCGUGGGCCUGGCAGGCCUCCUCUUCUGGGCAGGCCAGACAGUGAACGCCUUGAUGCCCAAUGCCACCCUGGCCCUGGCCCAGACCGAGGGCACGGCCGUGUGGCCCCUGAGUGGCCUGGGGGUGCCCCGGUACCGGCGGAAGCGCCACCUCUCUGCCCGGGACAUGAGUGCCUUACUGGAUUAUCACAACCACAUCCGGGCCAGUGUGCACCCACCUGCGGCCAACAUGGAGUAUAUGGUCUGGGACGAGCGGCUGGCCAGGUCUGCCGAGGCCUGGGCCACCCAGUGCAUCUGGGCCCACGGGCCCUCACAGCUGAUGCGACACGUGGGCCAGAACCUGUCCAUCCAUUCUGGCCGGCACCGAUCCGUGGUGGACCUCGCGAAGUCUUGGUCUGAGGAGAAGCGACAUUACUCGUUCCCGGCCCCCAGAGACUGUCGCCCACAUUGCCCCUGGCGCUGUAGAGGCCCUGUCUGCUCCCACUACACUCAGAUGGUGUGGGCAUCCUCCAAUCGGCUGGGCUGUGCCCUCCACACCUGUGGCAGCAUCAACGUCUGGGGCAACACCUGGCAUCAGGCAGUGUACCUGGUCUGCAACUACGCCAUUAAGGGCAACUGGAUCGGCGAGGCACCAUACAAGAUGGGGCGGCCAUGUUCUGCCUGUCCCCCAAGUUACCAAGGCGCCUGCAGUAGAAACAUGUGUUUCUCUGGACUCAAAUCCAAUAGGCUCCUGUGGUUCUAA